AUGGCGCUGGUGCUGACAGAGGCUGCUGCGCCCACGGGAGCGCUGUGGCGCCUGCUGGAGCGACGUCAGCUGUCACAAGGUCAGCACAAAUUCGCGACGAAUCCCCUAAAAAUACGCCUACAGGGCGGUGCUGUAGGUGAGCUUUCAGUGCACAAUGCGCUAUUGCGAAAGUACUUUUUUGUCGUCUUUGUUCUCUCUGGUCCUUUUGGCUCACGCUGGGUCAGAAGUACUUUGUUGUCGGCCUCGAACCAUUUGCGUCGCCCUUGCUCUGCUUUCUUUGUUCCUUUGUUCGCGUAA